GCUAAAACAGAUAACAAUCAGAGCCGAGCCCAAAUGUAAAACAAACGCAACUAUUGCCACCAUUUUCGCUUCCCUGUCUUGUUCUUACAACACACUCCCCUCCCGCCGAUACAAUUCAGUACUGUACUGCUGUCAAUAGGCACAGCAUGGAAGAUUCAAACACUGUGGAUGCAAAAGAGCUAGAUCUUGUCGAUAAUGCUUCAAAAGUUCAAGUAGAAGAUAACCCUUCAGUGGAGGAUUCAAAGCAUUCGGAUUUGGUUAAAGAAAAUCCUAUGCCCUCACAACAACAAGAGGAAGCAGUAAUAAAGAAAAAGUAUGGAGGUUUACUACCAAAGAAAAAUCCUUUGAUAUCCAAGGAUCAUGAACGUGCUUUCUUUGACUCUGCUGAUUGGGCACUGGGAAAGGGGGCACAGAAGAGCAAAGGACCUUUAGAGGCACUCCGUCCAAAAUUGCAGCCUACACACCAUCAGCAAGCUCGUUCAAGACGAUCAGGACGAUCUGCUUAUGCUCCUGCUGGUGAAGGUGAAGACAUUGACAACACUGCUGGUGUAACUUCUGAGGAUGGUGGCAGCAACGAUGACACUCAAUCUGAGGACAUUAAUCACCACAACUAAAUGCCAUGCCGGGAGAUGUUGCUUAGUUACUAGUGGUUAUGGCUAUUUAAUAGUAAAAUAUGAACCUAUGACAUGCUAAGGUACUUACACGAAUAAUGGCUCCGUAAGAAUUUCGUCCAUGGCUGAUUUCUUGCAUGUUGUCACUUGUCGAGGAGUACUAGAUGUGUAAUGAUGCUGCAACUCAUAUUGCUUGGUUCUGUCUUUUGCAAUGAAGGCUCGUUACUUUUGAAA